AACAAAGCUCUAUGUAGUAAACGAAGCACCAGGAUGGCGGCGUUUGCAAUGAAGGCGAGCGCACUGGCAACGCAGCUGGACCCAACACAAGCCCGGUCAUGGAUUGACAGGACAUUUUCUAUAGCCGAUAAAAUUAGAAGCCAUCUGAUGUCCCUGUAUACGAGUGUGACACACACUCUGACUAGCAUCGAGUUCCGGCGUUGGCUGGAUGCCUGCGCGCACACCUUUCUCCACACCGAUUGGAUCUGGCUGGCCGUAUCGUCACCCAUCUUCCUGCUUCUCGUACCGAUGGGGCUGAGUUUGGUGUUUCGAAGGUGGUGCUCAGGCAAAGGUCGGCGCUCGGAGAAAACCAGGGUCACCAGUGCACUACCUCGCUGCCUCAGUAGAUCUACCAGUGUCAGUCGAUCUGGCGAGUGUAAAGCACGCUUUACGCUGGCCAGAUGCAGCGUCUGUCAUCUCAGUGGAAGCAGGCACGACGCCGACCACUGCUGCACCAGGGGUAGGACCUAUGGGCUUGCCGAUGGUCGCGUCAUGACCAAGCCGGUCGCUGUGAGAUUGAUUCAGCAUUGGGUCCGCACCAAGUUCCAGCCAUGGGUCCUCGAACGGGUGGCUCGCAGCGCCAACACUUCACGCCCUCAGAGUGAGACAGACUGGAGAGACAUGGACGCUGGUGCCAUUGUCGUCACCCUGGUAGACCAUGACGGCCCGUCGACCGUCGGACUCGAACAUCCUGGCGAUGCUUCCUUGGUGGAAAUUCAUUUGGACGAGCCCGAAACCGUGUACGAAGACCCCAUGGACGACGUGGACGGUGCCGCUCACAGCUCGCCCAGAUGUCGCGGGGUCGCGACGAUUUCCUCUACGCGACUUCUGCCAUCCAGAAACCAAAUUGACGGGCGCUUACCGGACGAGGCAGUGCCGGUGCUCGAAACGAUUGCGGUGUCUCCGCGAGAUGACCAGCAGUGACCGUCAGUGGAUGUUGGACUCGCGUCAAUGCUUACGCGUAUAAUAUGGCACGACAAAGCAAACU